UGUCUCCCGGAUGGGCGGGAAUUUCAAACAGGAGGAGCCGUUAACGGAUGUGCCUUUAAAGCAAUUGUUUACAAAGUAGUUAUUUUCUCUUUGAAGGCAAGAAUCACCGGCGAACUAUAAAUACGCGAACAGUGCUCCAGAAAAGCUCAGCACAAGUUGGAAGAACGGCAUCUAAUUUUCUGCUUCGACUCUGCAGCUUUUGGGAUUCCAUAAUGAGAAAUGGCAUCUGUUGACUUACAAGAUGUAUCAACUCAACUGAACAACAAGAUAUCGUCUAUCAAAAGGUCUAUGCAGCUGAAGAACAUGUGUAAUGACCCUUCACUUACAAACAUUCUGCAGAAGAUUGGCCUGGAGUUGUCUAGCAUUCGGGGUAUAUUGGAUAUUUUUCAAAUGCAGAUACAGCAACAGCAAACUGAACUGAGAUCACUCCAGGAACUGAAAAAUGCAGUCCAAAGAAAUUCUGAAAAAGCACAUCAUUUACUAGAAAAUAUCCCAACUCAUCUACCCAAGAAAGCUGCUGAAACUAGCACAGCACCUGCAAAAGAUCUGAAAGUCCAAGAAGUAACUGCCCAUCCUGAACCUGAAAAGAAUUCAGCGAAAAACAAACAUUUUGUUCGUGAAAUUGAAUACCUGUUAAUGGAGGAAUUUAAUCAGGUACCUGGAUAUAUGAAAGGGCGAAUGACCUAUGAUCAGAUCAAUGCUGUGAUUAAGGAGAUUAAUGCUACUGUGAAAGCCAAGUACAAGAUCCUAAACCUGCCAAUGAAAUCAAUGUCGAAUACUACUCGUAACCAAUAUCAUGCUUUUAAAGAACAAGAAACCAAGGAAACCAAAGGUCAAUAUUUCUUUGUAGAAGCUGAUAUAAAGGAUUUCUCGCACCUUAAGGUUGACAAGAAAUUUCACGUAAUCUUAAAUAUUCUGCGACAUUGCCACCGAUUGCGGGAAGUCCGCGGGAGUCAUCAUGUGCGCUACUUGUUACUUUAAGGCAAUUGUAAAUUGUUUCGGUAUUCUUAAGCCACAUAAAUCCUAAUGUCUCAAAGAUAACUGUGCUAGUUACUUUUACAAAAGGGAAUUAUAUAUGCCUUAUUUACUCCCUCUCCUAUUAUCAUAAUAUGGUCUUCAUCUGAGGAUUGGUAGCCUUUUGAGAUUAAUACUAUAAUAUUUACAUUUUUUUAAAGUAUAUUUUUCUGCUAUUACAUGCCUGUGACAUCCCAAAUUCACACCUUAUUCUUUGCAGUUAGAUACAUACUGGGAGAGAGUCUAGGAACGAUGUUGAAAUCAUGUUAUCUCAGCACUUUUUAAUUUAAUUCUGCUCAUUUUAAAGUACUCUGAAUCACUUGAUACAAUCUGCAAAUGAUGUAAAUCCUAAACCUCCUUUUGGGCUGGGUGAGCACCAGAGAAGGAACAAGAAAAUGUCCAACUGAAGCACUCAUGAACCGUCUCCUGAUAUCACUGCGCAGAGAUUUGAAUACAUAUCACCAUGUUUAAAAUGACGACUUUUGAAUCAAUUCAUACUCUAAGGGUAAUCAGAUGUUUGAUCCUCUGCAUUUUGACCCAAGUCUAGCACACGACUCAAUUGUGGAUGUCUAUUGAAUUAUUUUGUGUACUUUUGGUAGAUCUGUGCUGUUUAAUGUUAUUCGAAGAUUUCAGCAAAAUCAAUAGUAUUGACAUUAUUUUCUAAAUGUGUUCUGUCUAAAAUGUCUUUUGGUCUACUGUGCUUAAAAUUUGUGUUCAGUAAUGUAAUUUUUUUUACUCUUUAAAAUUUUGUAACUUGUCUUUUCAGCUGUUAUACUCCCCAAUCUACUAAGUCACUAAAUUCUUGAUGUAUUUCGACUAGCUGAUCUCUGAAAAUAACUCACUGCCAAUCCAUCAGCAGCAACUUCUAAAAAUCCUAAUGCAGGACAAUGCAGUUGUUUUCAUAUGACUUUCAACAUAGAAAAUAUCAUAAAGUGCAUAUCACAAGUGCUUCAGACUAGAUGGGGAAAAAACAAAAUCAAGUGGCGGAUGCAAUGCUACAAGGGAAAGAUUUGGGUAGGUGACCAAAAGCCAGUUUUGGACAUGAAUGGUGACUAGCUCACAGCUGAUGUAAAUGCUCAGGGUCAUGCAAAAAAGUAAGUUUCAGGCAAGUCUAACCAAAUUAAGCUGAUGCCAAGCAACAGUGCUCUCCCAGCUGGGUUCUUUACUUCAGUAAAGGAUAGUGAUGUGUAACAAUUUGCCAUCAUUAAUGGGAAGAUUUUCCUAAUAAUUGACAUUGGGUGCACUGAUUACCUAUUUGUUGAGGGAGAAUUUCAUGCCUGUAAUAGACCUGCUGAUUUUUUUUUUGUCUGACAUCAUCAUCAUCAUCAUCUCCAAUCAAUUAGCAACUUUAUUACUGCUAUCGAAUCCUCCCUGUUAAUUGGCUUUUAUGCAAAGCAUUCAAGUAAUCCAAUGUGUUAUUUUAAUCACUGCAACUGGAUGAGUAAAAUAACUCUCAACUUGGCUCUUGUAAAAAUUAUGAUUUUGAAAUUGACAGCUCAUGCAAAUUAAACUUUCAAAUUUUAAUAAUGCUCUUUAUUUGAAAUAAAUUUUCCUAUCUACAAAUAUUAAUGCAAUUAGGUUUCUAACCUAAUUUAGCUAUUAAAAUUUUAGUAAUUCGUAGCAAUAAUUGAUGAUCCAUUGGCGGCUGAGUGGUUAGCACAUCUGCCUCUCAGCACCAGGGAUCUGGGUUUGAUUCCACACUCUGGUGACUGUGU